AUGAAGCAUUGGAAAAUGUAAUAAAUAGCUACCUGCUAUCUGGUUCUUAAAUUUAUUAAUUAUAGUUUUAUCAAGAUUAAAUCUGUGAAAAAAUAUAAGCUCUUAAUGCUAGACUAUUUAAAUUGGUUGAGAGUAACACAAUUGCACCUUAAAGCCUUCAUUCAAGAUUAUGAGUUAUGUAUAUUAUUCAUUAUUAUUAUUAUUCAUUUAUUCUUUAUCUUUUCUGCUCUCUUCUUCUAGAUAAAUGUUCCAGCAUCGAUCAACAAAGCUUAAAUCUAAUCUUCAAUUUUUCUUUUUGUUUCCAUCCUAUUCUUCUUUAAUCCAGGUUAUCACAUCCAUUCAUUCAUACUUCCAUAAUAAAAGCACUUAUUCUUCUAAUCUUUGGGUUUGCAAUUUCAUGAUAGGCAGUAGAUAUUAAUUUCAUAUAUGAAGUCCAAAACAACAAUCUAGUUCCAUGUUUCAACUAAACCAAGAAUUUUAUGA